AUGGGAUGGACAAUUUCUAACUGUGUUCACUACCAAAUCGAGUGGAAGGUUACUCUGAAUAACCGGGCUGUGAAAAAGGACACCGAACAAGGCCCGGCUCUGCCACCUAGUUGUUACUGGCAGAAGAUAAAAGAGGAAGCUGCGGAUCGUUUACGUCGGGAAAUCGCCUCUGACCGACGUGUAAGACUAGACGAUACGUCUGUUGUCGUAUCUGUAAAUGAUAGUUCCCAACGAGAUCUUACCAAGAAUUUUGAGGGCACUAGUAUUGAUUGGACAAUAGUGGAAAAGCAGCUGCUAUCGUGGGCCCAUCUAUACCGCCUUGGCAAGCAGCUUCUACUCCAGAUAUUAAUUAACUAUGUAGAGGAUAAUUCGUCCAAAGUCGACAAAAGAGGAAAAUCAUCCGUCACCAAAAGGAUGCUCGGUGUACGAGACGCUGAGAUUGACGUCGAACAGGCUUCCGGUCAGCAAUCAAUUUGGCGAGAUGUUUACAGAAUUAUGCGAUGUCCUGGACCUCUAUGCCGCCACGAAGGACAUUACUCUGGGCAGGACCCGGACGGAAAGAAGCAUUAUAAACUACGAUCGAACCACCUGAAGAGUCUCGUCAAGUAUGUGCAACAAGGGGGGGUUAUGGAGACUCAUGAUGACAUCCCUGAAAGUCUUCGCGAACAGCUUUAUGCCGAGGAGAAUCAGCGUCUCGAAAGACAGAAGAAGAGCUCGAAUAACCCUGCAAGCGGAUUGACAUGUCCUCCGAUCCACCUUCACGUCCUCCCAAGUUUCAGUUCCCACCGGUUCUGA